GAGAGAAGGUGGUCCCGGAGCUGGGAGGAGAGCUUGGGUCUGCCCUCUGAGCGGGUCCACGGGCCCCAAGCUGCGUGCCUUUGGGACAGGUCAUCCAACACCUACAGAUUGGGUUAUUAGUCUCUAGCUCGUAGAGAAGUAAAGAGCGGCAGCAGCUAUCUGCUACACAGCGCUAGACGAGAGUCCUCUACUGUUGAAUUUCUGGGACCCGGAGAUAGAGUGGGUAGGGAAGACGUGUGUGAGGGGAGGAACCGUCCGGAUUUCCUCAUCCAUCCCCUGCUACAGUCUCACUUUCUGUCGUGUGCCGCCAUGGCAGUAAUGCAGCCUUGGAAAUCUGAAGGGGCCUUGAGAACCUCCGGAUGGACUUCCCCAGCUCCUUCCGCCCCACAUUGUUUAUGACCGGCCCACUUGGUCUGAGUGAUGUCCCUGACACGUCCUUCAUGUGCAGCUGGAGAGAUGCACUGACGCUGCCAGAGUCCCUACCCCAGGACGCCGAGAUCCCUGGGACCCUGGCCUGACUGCCCAGGACCUGCUUUUCCGGGGAGGUCCUAAGUUCCGGAGGCAGCCACGAGCUGUGUUGGAUGUUACUGAACAGCUCAGCCGGUUCCUGUGGGACCAUGGAGACAUAGCCUAUGCACCCCUGGGGAAGCUGAUGCUAGAGAAUUUCAAACUGGAGGGAGCACGGGGCCGCUCUAAGAAGAAGACAGUGGUCAGUGUGAAGAGGCUGCUCGAGGACCUCGGUGGACACCAGCCCUGGGGGUGUCCCUGGGCUUACCUCAGCCACCGACAGCGCCGGUUCUCCAUCCUCGGGGGCCCGAUCCUAGGCAAGUCAGUGGCGAACCUCCUGGGAGAGCUGCUGCACGAGGAGCUGGUGAUGCGGUGGGAGCAGCUGCUCCUGGACGAUGCUUUUACCGGAGGUGCACUGGCCUGGCUUCCCGGAAGGACGCCCCAGGUUGGGCAGCUGGUCUACCCUUCAGGAGGUGCCUUGGACAGGCUGUAUUUCCAAGAGGUCCGUCAGACCCCAGGUGGUGACCCUCGGAUUCUUGGGGAUCCUGGCCACAUCCAGCUCCGGGGUCCUGUCCGGCAGGUGGUGACCCACACCGUACAGGGAGAAUCUCUGCUGGCUGUCCGCUCUGACUACCACUGUGCCCUGUGGAAGGUCAGUAAGCAGGGGAUACCAGCCCCUCUCCAAGUGCUGCGGGUCGAGAAGGGGGCCACAGGGAUCAGCCUCAGCCCUCACCUGCCUGGGGAGCUGGCUGUCUGUAGCCGUUCGGGAGCCAUCUGUCUGUGGACUGCCCAAGAUGGCUGGCCUAUCUCCUCAAGGCUUCGGCAAAUCUACAAGGAUCCUGAGACCCUUGUGUUUCGGGACCCCUCUCCCUGGCGUUGGGCAGACUUCACCGCCCACCCUCGGGUACUGACUGUGGGUGACCGCACCGGAGUGAAAAUGAUUGACACUCAGGGCCCGCCAGGCUGUGGCUUGCUCCUUUUUCGUGGUGGGGCGGAAGCAGCGUGUCAGAAAGGGGAACGUGUCCUGCUAACCCAGUACCUGGGAGAGUGUGGCCCCGAGUCUCUGCAGCCCACACUCCAUCUCAUCUGUACCCAGUUCUCGCUCUACCUGGUAGAUGAGCGCCUCCCCUUAGUGCCCAUGCUGAAAUGGGACCACGGCCUCCCCUCCGCGCCCCUGCUGGCCCAGCUGCUCCCUCCACUGCGCCCGGGCUGCCCGAGGCCACUGCUCCUGGGAGGCCAGGGCGGCCAACUGCAGCUGCUGCACAUCACGGGGGAGGGGACCUCCACACCCCGGCUGGCAGGGCCCCCCCAGUCUCUCCCUUCCAGGAGCAACUCCCUCUCCGCAUUCCCCCUGCUGGAGCCCAGGAGUCAGCAGCGGCUGCAGGAGCGUCUGCAAGCACCAACCAUAGGUCUGGCUACUGCCAUCUCACCCUCUGCCUCCACACCAGUCCUGUCGCUCUUCCAACUCUCAGCAGCUGGAGAUGUCUUCCACCAGCGCCUCCACCUCCGGGAAGACACCAGUGACCCUGGGCCCGACGCCCACGCCCCCAUGGCUUCCUGGAGCCCCCAGGACACUGCUUGCUGCCGCAGGUGGCUGAAGGCCUUGCUGGAAGAGCCUCCAGCUCCCCCUGUGUGGGCCGUGCCCACCUUUUCCUACCGCCGUCUGCUGGGCUUCAAGGAGCAGCAGAAGGUUGAGGGGAAGGUGCCAGAGGGUCUCCGGACGGCCAUGGCCAAAGGGCAGCUACUGCAGCAGAGGGACCUGGGCUCGCUCCCCACCGCAGAGCCGCCCCCUGCCGCUGAGCCGGGGCCUGAGGAUGAGCUCAGUGAACGGCUGGAGGCAGCCUGGGAAGGCCCAGCGGCUGCCUGGUGGGAGCAGAGGCGGGGCAGAGGCUCAGGGCCCGGGAAACAGCCCAAGCGGCACAAGCGCCGGACACAGCUAUCCAGUACCUUCUCCUCGCUCAGCGGCCGCCUGGACUUCUCAGACGCCCCCAGCCCCCAUCACAGCCCAGAACGGACAUCCCCUGUGUCCAGGCCUCAGCCCCCGGUGACCCCACCCUCCCAGGAGUUGACCCAGGAGCCGUGGGCCCGAGGCGUCCCCUCAGAGCGUCAACAGACCCUCCGUGACUAUAUGGCCAAGCUACCGCUUCAGGGGGACUUCCCAGAAAGUGCCUCCGCUCCCCUAUCCCAGACCUCAAGCAUUCAGGCCACCCCCUCCAAGCAGCAGGCCCUCCGCGACUGCACAGCCAAGCUAUCACUCCAAAGGGACACCCCGGGAAGUGCCACCGUGCCCUCCUCCCAGACCUCCAGCAUGCGGGCCACCCCCUCUAGGCAGCUGGUGCCUGUCCUCUGUGGUUCUCAGCCACACCGGAAGAAGCCCCGCAUGGGCUUCUGAAGACCCAGGAAAGCUGCCCCUCCACCUUUGGGGAGCCCUUGGUCCUGGAAUAGCCAUAUUUUCUGUGACUGGAACUUAGGGAAUAAAGAGGAAACAGUCCCAGCAUGCAGACCUUUCUGCUUCCUGGAGGCCCCUGUGACUGGGAGACAUCCAAAAGUGAUUUGAAGCCAGGUCGGGAUAGGAAAAACAAUAGUAAUUUCUGCUGUUGCCUGAAGAUACUUCCAAAGGCACAUGGAUGGGGCCCAAGGGGUCCUGUCCUGAUGCCCUUCAGGGGGCAGUGCUGUGCUUGAAGCAGGGCUCCCGUCAGGCUGCGGGCUCUCCUUCACGUGAGCCGUGUCCCCUGGUGAUGUUGGGUAACUGCCAGCUCACUGUGGUCAGUGACAGUGAAGCAAGACACUGAGAAGCGGCUGGUGCCUAGCGGUGCUCAGUGGGCAUCAGCAGCUGCUGUGGGCUAGUUUGUGUGUGUGAAGCAAUUUCUGCCAUGAUCUGAUGUUUUGUUGAGGCAGAUGAUUUGGAACCUCACUUAGGGAUUGAAUAAACUUGUCACCUGAG